AAUGUGUAUCUUUGACCUCGAAUCCUUAAAAUGAGUUAAAUGGCCGUAAAGCUUCCAAGGAAAACUACUUUCCCCUGAGAGUGUAACCUACAUGAUAUUUCCUGCUCUGAGUGGGGACGAAUCAAAACAUGCACCGAUUCGACUCUCAAACAGAUUCACAUCUAAGGAGUCGACUCGGUGAAGUGAGUCGGUAAUGCCCGUACUCUUUUUUCGUCUCUGCAUCCGCUUCCUCUGUCUUUGAUGUGAUAUGAUCACAGGCAUCGGACGCUCUGACUCGCAGCCGUCGGUUGCGCCGUUUGUUAGCCCAAGGACGAGGAGACGCACGCGGGACCUCCGGCGCAGCACGCGCGCAACAUGGCCGCGAAAGACAGCGUACCGGCAAGCUUUCUGAGCGUGAGCCGGGAGAUGACAGAGAGCAUCAAGAGCGUGAUUGACAAACCGUCUGUCAGGUUUGCACAAGCCAUCAAAGUGGAAAGCAAGAAUGGGAAAUCAGAAGACAGGGUUUUGGUGUUGGCUACAUGGCGGCUGUACCUCAUGGCGCCAAAAUUGCCAACCAAGGUGGAGCAAACAUUUAACUACCUGGAGAUUCGUGCUAUAAGCCCUCAUCUAGAGAACCAGGUCGUCAUAGAGACAGACAAGUCCACCUACGUCUUCAGGCUACAGUCGAGUGACCACAUGGAUCAGCUGCUCGGCCACAUCAACUUCACUCUCUCACGCAUCUUCAACAACUCCAUGUGCGUUCCCUCGAUCUUUCAAGCAGAUGGUGAGGUCCCUGAUGGGGGACAUAAAUAUUCGCCAAGCUCCGAAACAUCAGUGGAGGCUCAGAGAGCGUGUGGAGGUUUCUCGGAGACCUACGCUGCGCUGUGCGACUACAACGGCAUUAGCUGCAAAGAGGAAGUGCAGUGGGAUGUGGACACUAUAUAUCACUCCCAGGACAAUAGGGAGCUUAAUCUGUUGGACUUCGCUCACCUAGAGAGCAGAGACCUUGCCGUCAUCGUGGCAUCUAUGGCGUACAACACAUGGUUCACCAAGCUCUACUGCAAAGACAUGCGCUUAAGCUCAGAGGUAGUGGACCAGGUCCUCCACACGGUCAGUAAGUCCAGCAGUCUGGAAGAACUCACUCUGGAGAAUGCAGGCCUUAAAGCAGAUUUCCCUCAGAAAAUGGCUGCCGCUCUGUCAGAAAACCCGGCGUCUGUGCUCCACUCCCUCAACCUGGCCCACAACACAUUCGACAAUCAAGGAGUGUCAAAUCUCAUCCAGCAGGUGUGUCAGCUCAGCAAAGGCCUCCAUCUGCUUAACCUCUCCAAGACCUCAUUCUCCUCUAAAGGUGUGAGUUCUCUGUCUCAGGCUCUGUGUUCUAGUGAUGACUACUCCAACUCUCUUCUGCAUCUCGACCUGAGCAAGAACCCGGGCAUUCUUUCUGGGGAGGACGCUACGAAUCUGUACCUGUUCUUGGCUCAGCCCAACUGCUUGGUGCAUUUGGAUCUCUCAGGCACAGACUGCACAGUGGAAUCACUAUUUGGCGCUUUGCUCCGAGGCUGCUGUGCUGAUCUCUCCUACCUGAAUCUCUCAAAGAACUCCUUCUCUCAAAGGAAAGUGAAAGACACACUGCCCACCUUACGUCAGUUCUUUACCUCAGCAUUCAGCCUCAGCCAUCUCAGCAUGGCCUCGAUGAAGAUGCCCCCAGAUGUGCUCAGGGCUCUCUUUCUGGGACUGUCGUCGAAUCCUCAUGUCUCUGACCUGCACCUGGAUAUCAGUGGUUGUGAGCUCAGAUCAGCAGGAGCAGCAGUGAUAAAGGACUUGUUUCCCCAAGUCUCCUCCAUCAGUACCCUGGACAUCUCAGAUAAUGGCUUGGACACCGAUCUUUACACGGUCAUCCCUGCCUUCUCUCGCCACCCCUCCCUCAAGCAUCUGCUGCUGGGCAAGAAUUUCAAUGUCAAGGGCAGGCUGCUGGAUGAAAUCCUACAAAAACUAGUGCAGUUAGUGCAAGAAGAAGAGUGUGGUCUGAAGAGUUUGUCCCUAGCUGACUCCAGACUGCGAUCCCGAGGAACUGUGAUAGUGAACGCACUUGGCAGCAACGCAUGCCUCAGGAAAGUGGAUUUGAGCGGCAAUGGUCUGGAGGACACGGGGGCCAGGAUGCUGAGCAAAGCCCUGCAGAUCAACACCACUCUCAGGAGCGUGACGUGGGAUCGGAACAAUACCACAGCUGCUGGGUUUCAGGAUGUAGCACGCUCUAUGGAGCAUAAUUUCACUCUGCAGUGCAUGCCUGUGCCUCUGAGCGAUGUUACACAGGCAUACCGCAAUUCCCCCGAGAAGACGGAACAGGCAAUGACAAAGAUCCAGCGGGCAUUGUUAAGAAACAACCAGACUCAGCGCUUCUCUCAGAAACAGGCUCUCAGACUGCAUCAGGGUCUGGUGACUAGCACCGCUGAGCAGGUGAUGGAGCGCCUGUGCGUGCGUGUUCAGCAGCAGGUAUGUGUAUUAAGAGCAUCAGGCGAGGAAGAGGAGCUGCAGGCUGCCAGACAAGUUCUGAAGGAGGCCAGGAACUCUCGUGCUCUGUACCCUUCUCUGUGUGAGCUGGCUCAUGUGCUUUCCAUAGAUGGGCCAGUUCGACAGAAACUAGAGUCUAUCACUGGAGAACUGGCUAAAGCAGCUGACAAAGAGCUACAAGUGAUUGUGGACUCCAUGGUAUCUCUGUGUCGGGAGCUAUGUCCCCUUUCCUCGGCUGCAGCAGAGCAUCUUUCUCCUCCUCUCUCUUCUAUCUCUGAGCGCGUGUCCAUCCCCCGUUCUGCCAUCCGCACUGCGUUGAUGGAGAGAGCAGCCCAGGACAUCAACCAAGCUCUAGAAGAAGUAAAGAUGUCUGUGGUUUCCUAUCUCACCAACUCAGCAGUGGACCAGAUCCUUCAAGAGCUCUAUGCCACUCACAAGACACUGCUUCAGCAGGUGGCUCGAGUGAGGCGACCAGACGACAGUGCCACGAUCCGACCCGCACUCCGACACGCUGACACCGUUGACAUCCCUGAGGACGAUUUUAGUAUCAGCAUUGAUACAAUUGCCAUAAAGAAGCGCAGCUCUAGGACUCGACGCAUCCGACCCGUCUCCACCAGGCUGAGUCUAGGCGAUGAUCCCAACUUGUCCCCUUCACUUCCAGCACCUCGUGCAUCUGCUCUGCUUUCUCACAUAGCCUCUUGGGACAAUUUGUCCAGCUUGCCUACUCAAGGUGCACCUCUGCGCCACGUAACCCACAUAAGACCCCGCCCACCAAGAAGGCAUAGGCCUGGACACACCCCUUCAGAUAUGCAUUCUUCUGAGAACGGUGGGGUGAACCUUUUGGAUGAUGGACUGCCUGAUUUCUACACCAAGAGGGUCUUACCAGACAGCCAAUUGUCCUCUCAUCAUACCCAGACUCUGAGGCGGAAGAAGAGGCGCACCGUGCUGUCCAUCUUUUCAGGAUUCCGGAAGAACCGUUACUCCGCGUCACAUCAAGAGCCGGAGCCUGUGAUCCAGGGGGAAGUGUGUGGUGAUGAAUGUCGCACCGAGUCUUUAAAUCCCAGCGCUGGUACAGAGAACCUGUACUCUGUGAUUAUCCCUAAGGAUUUCCAGAGGGCAGAAACAUCGCAAGAGGAAGUCAACGGCGGUCUGGGAGAUCAAAGACCUCCUCAGAUCUCUGGCCGAAAUUUGCACGGCAUACCACUGCCAGGGUUGAGGACAGCGAGCCCCUCCUGCAUCACAUGGAGACAAUCACCCGAAUACAGCGAGGUGUUCGUCUCCUCAGGCACGCCCGUCCCCACAAAGAGAAACAAUAAAGGACAGAAAGCUCCUAAAGACAAUCAAGACAAGCCACUUGUCCAGGGUUCGAACUCGUCCUCUGCUCAGCUGGAGGAGGACGUGACGGUGGAGUCGCAGCAGAAACCCGAUCCUCCUCCUCAGAGCAGCAAGCCUAGUCUGGGGGACACCAGACAGCACCAUCUGGAGGAGAACUCUGUAGAGGAUGCUGAAGGAGAGAAAGAUGUGGACGAUGAAAAAGAGGACAUCCAGAGUCAGGAAGCGCAAAAGCAAAAAGCAGAAGGACAAACUCCUCCCCUCUCUGAAAAGCUAGAUAAUUCACCGGAGGAAUCUUCUGACGAGAAUCAAGUACAGCCUCCUGUACCAUGUGCCCAUACCAAGCCUACAUCCAGAUUGGUAGAUUCCCCUGUCACUCAAGGUGCAGAGGAAGACUCCUCCUCAAGUGGAGCGGCUACAAAGCCUCACAAGAACCGAAAGGCUCACUCCUGCGAAGCAGGCUUUACUUCAGGCAUGGAGGAAGGCAGCCCCGGCAAUGUGGAGAGGUCCUCAGACCCUAAACCCCCGGUGAAAAAGCCACGACUUCCUCAGAGAAGAAAUAAAUCUUUUGAUACUCCUGGUCAACAAAGUCCAGAGCCAAGCAGCAGUGAAGCCUCGUGAUUUUUGUUUGUUUGUUUGUUUUUGUUUUUGUCAGGCAGGCAAAAGAGUGGCGAAGAAGACGGACGGUGGUCAAGCAAGAGAGUGACAGGGUUGUGAGGAAUGCUCUUAUGCUUGAAUGAAAUUGCAUUCCCAAAUCUCUGUCAAUCUCGCACACACACGCGCUCACACACACACACACACACACACACACACACAUACACACACACACACACACACACACACACACACACAUACACUGCUUGACUGGUGUCUUUCAUAUGUUUUAAAUUAUUCACUCACUUGUUUUGCAUCAUUCAUUCCAUUUCAGCUGUUUCUUACAAGAACGUCUGUCUGUUCCUCCAUCUCUCUUUUUCUCUGUCGGUCUCUCUGUCCUUCCGUUUUUCCAUUUUUGCUUUCAUUACUGCUGUACCUCCUUUAAAAGGUAAAAUGAGCAAUAUUUCCCUCUUGCAAUUCAUAAGCUGUGUAUGGUGUAAUUUACUUGCACUGUCUUCUCUCUAUCACCUCAGAAUAUCAUGUCAACGUCCAGCAUUGCCCCAGUUUCUAUUCCAUGCCAGCUAGAAAAGCAAUCACACUGGUGGAAAAAAUAUUUGGUGGGGAAGUUUCCUUGAAAAAUAAUCAGGAUUGCUUUUUUUUUUUUUGCUUGAAAAGUGAAUGGAAUUUCACUUACAUCAGUGUUUUGCAGUCGUACCACACUGAAAUGCAAUCACUGUCCAAUCCUUGUCAUGAAAUCAAGGAAUGCAAGAUGCAAUGCAGUGGUUUUGCUUUUCAGUGUCUCAUGUUAUCUUAGAGUGAUGUAAGAUGCGAUGCAGUUAAGGUUUUACUUUUUAGUGCGGCAUGUUUGGGGUUUUUUUGUGUGUGUGUGUGCUUUGCGUUUCUAAAUGACACUGAAUCAUUUCCAUAGACCUCUGUAUUUUAUGUUUUUGUGGGGUUUUUUUUUUAGAACCUGCAGGAUGUCACUGUGUAGAAUCUCCAUAGCGACUGUGUAAGCUGAUUUUGCACCGAAUAUUGAUUGAUUAAAAAAUAUUUUCAUUACAUCUUUAGGCUUUUCUUUUCUUUUUUUUUUUUUUUAAAGAGAAUGUUAACUUCAUUUCCAUUAAUUGUUCUGAUAAGGUUGUUCUUAUCCAGAUCAGCAACACGGCUGUCAUUCACAUGUCUUUUAUGCUGUCCCGUACAGAGCAGAAUUUAGCUGUAUUUAAAUGAGCUCUAUUUUUUACUGGUGUUGUGAAUGUGACAAAGUCAAUAAAAAGGAGAAUCUCAAUACUCAAAGGCUGGUUUCUGAGACACGGGCCUGAGGACAUUUUCUUUAAGCAGCACUUGGACAAAAAUGACAAACUAGCACAAUAUAGUAUAAGCAUAAUUCUAAAAUAAAAGCAUGAUAACUUCUAAGCAUACAAGCAUGCCUGUUCUUCCAUGUUUACCUUGGGAAACACUUAAAAGGAAUUGCUCGAACUCAGCUACAGUAACGAGAAUAUUAAUGAUUAAUAUUCAGAUUUAAAAUACUAAAUAAGGCAUGUGAUGGUAGAACAAUCCACAGAUCAACAGACAGCUAGACAGAUAGAUCAGCAGACUGAAAGACAGAUAGGUAGAUGGACAGAUAAAAAAAAUUGGUAGACAUACAGAUGGAUGGACGACAGAUGCAUAUAUAGAUAGAUUGACAGACUGAAAUACAGAUAGGUAGAUGGACAGAUAAAGAGAUGGACAGAUUGAAAAAUAGGUAGACAGAUGGACUGAAAGACAGACAACUGGACAGAUAUAUACAUGGACAGAUUUGAAAAAUAGACAGAUUAAUAGAUAGACAGACCGCUGGACAAAGAUCGACAGAGUGAAAGACAGGUAGAUGGACAGAUUGAGAAAUAGGUAGACAUACAGAUGGUUGGAGGGAUGGACGCUUAUAUACAUACAUAGACUGAAAGACAGAUAGGUAGGUGGACAAAUAAAGAGAUGGACAGAAAAUAGGCAGACAAACAGAUACAGUAGAUAGAAAGAUAUACAAAUUGAAAAAUAGGUAGACAUGCAGACAGAUAGAUAGA